AUGACAUCUACUCGGCAGUGGCUACUGGCCAGUGUUGCGCUACUGUGUGUUUGUGGAGCAGUUGAAUCUAAAAGGAAUUUCAAAUGUCCUUCAGGAUGCUCCUGCACCAAAGAGAGCAUCAUCUGCGUCGGUACUUUACAGAUCCCACGGACCAUACCGAAUGAGAUCAACUCACUGAGCAUGGUAAAUGGAUCCAUUUCUGAAAUCACAGAAGGGAUGUUUUCACUUAUGCCUUCUCUCCAGCUGCUACUUCUAAAUGCUAAUUCUUUGACAACAAUCAAAGAUGAUGCGUUCUCUGGCCUUCCACAUCUAGAAUAUUUAUUCAUUGAAGGGAACAAGAUUGAAAUGAUCACAAAAAAUGCCUUUCGUGGUCUACGAGAUUUGACACAUCUAUCGCUCGCCAACAACAAGAUGAGGUUUCUCCCAAGAGAUCUGUUUUUUGACUUGGAUUCGUUACUGGAACUGGAUCUGAGAGGCAACUCUUUCCAGUGCAUUUGUGAGAACAAAUGGCUGAUGAUGUGGUUGAAAAACACAAAUGCCACGGUGUCGGAUGUCUUCUGCGCAGGCCCCGGUGACAUGAAGGGCAAGCGGCUCAAUGACCUUCCUAUUCCACCGGGCGAGUGUAUCUCAACAGACUUUGUGCGUCAUCAGUCCAUUUCCAUUCAGUCCAUGUCCGCGGACAUCUUCGCCUUUAAAGAGGAUAUCUUCGUGGCGAUGGCUGCACCCAACUCCAACAGCUGUGUGGUCAUGGAGUGGGAUCACAUUGAAAUGAAUUUCAGGAAAUUUGACAAUAUAACAGGAAAGUCUGUUGUUGGCUGCAAGUCGGUUCUGAUCGAUGACCACAUCUUGAUAAUUGUUACCCAGCUCUUUGGUGGCUCCCAUAUAUAUAAGUUUGACAAUCCUCAAAACAAGUUCACAAAGUUUCAAACAAUUGAGGUCUUCAACAUCUCGAAGCCAAAUGAUAUUGAGGUCUUCCAAAUGGACCGUGAAUGGUACUUUGUGAUUGUGGACAGCUCCAAAGCAGGUUUGUCUACUUUGUACAAGUGGUCAGACCAACCAGACCGCAAUGAAACUGGUUUCUACUCCUACCAGUUUCUCCACGAGUGGUUUCGUGAUACAGAUGCUGAGUUUGUUGAGAUGGACGGGAAGUCCUAUCUCAUCUUAACCAGUCGCUCUCAAGCCCCGGUCAUCUACCUGUGGAACAAGAGCACCCUGAAGUUUAUAUUUCAUGGGGAAAUCCCACAUGUGGAUGACGUGGUGGCAGUGAAAGCUUUCCGGGUGGAGGGUGAGUUGUAUUUGGCCAUGACUUGUUAUAUCGGUGACUCCAAAAUCCUCAAGUGGACCAAUAAGCAGUUCACUGAGGUGCAGGCUCUCCCUUCUCGAGGAGCGAUGAUCCUCCAACCUUUCACAUUCACAGACAAGCACUACCUUGCUCUUGGCAGUGAUUAUUCUUUCUCCCAAAUCUACCUCUGGGAUGUGGAGACCAAAACGUUCCACAAGUUCAAGGACAUUUAUGUCCAGUCACCCCGGUCCUUUACAGCAGUGACCACUGACCAGAGGAAUUUCAUCUUCUCCUCCAGCUUCAAGGGCAAAUCAAUGGUGUUUGAGAAUAUUAUUGUAGAUUUAAGCUUGUAAUUUCUAGCAAAAAUAAUGACAUAUAACAAUAUGAGUUGGUCACUCAGAUUAAUAUCAAGCAACGAUGGCCAAGCCACCCCACACAAGAAAUUACCUAUACUAUUAAGGGUUGUAUAACAUUACUCAUUCAGCAAUAAAUAAGUGUUCAUCAAAAGUGACUAUGGCCUAAAGCUCUUCACUACUCUACCAUAAACAAAACACAAAUUUGUAUGCCACCUUCAAGUGAACACUCAAGGUGUCAGUAUGUAAGGUGGCUUUUUAAAGUUGUUCUGAUUGGUCACAUUUGAAGGCUAGUUGGACAGCCUUCUGCCAUAGAGAUGGGCGAGAUGUAAUAAUCAUUUAGAAAUGGAGAUGAUGACACACACUUUUUAGACAGUGUUUCCUGGAAUGUAUUCAUGGUACUGUACUUAGUUGUACAACAGAAACCACAACAUAUGUGUUAGUGUUAUUGUUAAUAUAGGAAAAAGACAGCUGAAACCCUCCUUACAUUCUCAUUUCCUCUCACCUGGCCAAAUCGCUUGUGAAGUGUGUGUACUUGUUGGAUUGUCUGUUUUGGAAAAUUACAGCACAAGUUUGAGAAUGGUCUAAAAUGCUGUAAGUGAUUUGUUAAAAAAAAUUGGAGCAGUCAGUCAAAAGGUUGAAGCCAUUCAUCCCAGGAAGCGUCACCAUUUAAAUGUGCAUGAAGUAAAGUUUCAAUAAUAAAGUAAUUUCCCCAAAAAUCCAGCUGAAUGAAUAGCCACAUAUUAUGAGCUUAAGGCUAACUGCACACUAUUUAUAACCAGCUACUGUAUUCAUAACAUAGUGCCUGAUUAGUGUCAGAACUAAUUAUAAUUGAAUCCUUAUUCCUAUGCAAAAUGUAUAAUACUAAGUGUUGCUCUUAAUUUUCAAUCCCAAGGAUGAUUGUGUACUGCAAUAUGACUUGAAAUAAAAUUUACAUUUUACUUAGACACAAUCGUGUUUUCUUUACAGAUGUGUUUAUAUUUUUCCUGUAUUGCACAGAAAUACUUAGUGUGUUUGGCUAACUUUUUCAUACAAAUAACAAUAGCAUGAUGUGCAAAUUAGGCCAUGGUCUCAAUAGACUGUCAAACAUAAUAACUUAAAGUCACAAAAUGUUAACAAGAUCUAGCAUACGCAUUGUGUUUUUGUUAGCAUUUUAGAUUUCUUGGUUCUUUAUCUCAUUUACUUCCUAGCAAUUAUGUAUA